AUGUCAUCCGAGAAAAGCAUCGUCAUGGUGGAUUUUGAAGGGGACCACCCUCAAGAUUGGCCACAGGGUCAAAAAUGGCUUAUCAUGGUCACAGUGGCUAUCCCAUUAUUCUUGAUGCCUCUUUCCUCAACAAUCACUACUCCCGCGGAAGAGGCUAUUGCAGCAGAGUUCAAUGUCACUUCCUCUGUCACCGGGCCGCUAGCACUAUCCUUGUUUCUUUUGAUGUACUGCCUGGGACCUAUUCUUCUUGGUCCCUUAAGUGAACUCUAUGGACGACUGCCAGUGCUACAGGCAGGCAACCUGUUUUAUUUUGCCUUCAAUCUUGCAGCUGGCUUCUCGAGAAAUAUGCCCCAGCUCCUACUCUUCCGAUUACUGAGCGGAACGGGUGCUAGUGCUUCGUUGGCGGUCGGAGCGAGUAUGAUUGGAGAUGUCUUCCAAAAGGAAGAGCGUGGCCUCCCCGUGGCUUUGGUCAGCAUGGGCCCCGUUCUGGGAUCAUGCUUAGGUCCUAUAGUUGGCGGAUUCAUUGCCGACUAUUCGACCUGGCGUUGGGCAUUCUACGCAACAUCCAUUGCAUCAGGGUCAUUUCUAGUUCUGUGUGCCACUAUGUCUCGAGAAAGCUACGCUCCAGUUCUUCUCCAGCGCAAGAAGCAGAAAGCAGUGAAGGAACAUAUACGGGAGAAAGAGGGAACCGAGCUAAUAUGGAAGACUCCGUAUGAAAAAGAGGACGAAACUCUUGGACAGCGCUACCGACGAACACUAUUCAGGUCUCUCUACUUUCUCUGCACCCAACCCAUUGUACAAGCCCUGGCUUGUUACUACGGAUAUCUCUAUGGGAUUGUGUAUCUGCUUCUUUCCAGCUUCUCCAACUUGUGGAAAGACCAAUACCAUAGCAAGCUCAGCAUAGGCACGCUCAACUACAUUGCCCCCUGCAUCGGUUAUCUAUUUGGAGCAGCAGUCUGUGCUUUUCUUACUGACCGAGUCUACCGAUUUCAAGUGGCAAAGAACAACGGUGUCGGCAAGCCUGAGUUCCGCCUACCGAUGAUGGUCCCCGCAUCCUUGCUCGUACCGAUCGGCCUUUUGUGGUUUGGAUGGAGCGCAGAGUACAAGGCGCACUGGAUCAUUCCCGAUUUUGGUAUUGCCCUGCCAUUGAUGGGAGCUACUAUCGUUUUUCAGUGUGUCAGCGCGUAUCUCUUGGACACCUUUCCCGUAUAUGCCGCCAGUGCAAAUGGAGCAGUUUAUAUCCUGCGGGGAUUGACUGGGUUCGGUUUCCCUCUAUUCAGUCCAGAGAUGUACUCGAGCUUAGGAUAUGGAUGGGGAAACAGUGUUUUGGCAUUGGUAGCAUUGGUCGUUGGAUGUCCCAUUCCGUUCAUCUUGUGGAAAUACGGGGAACGUUUUCGAGCGAGGAGCAGUUAUGCCGAUCAAGCGAAAUAG